CGCACGGGGUGGGGCGCGGGGCUCGGGACGUCAAAGCCCUGCGUCCUUCGGCCCCCGGAGCAGAGAAGCGCGCACGGCAGCGGUGACAGCGGCCACGGCAGCGGCGACAGCAACCCCUGCUGGGCCGAAACUGGGCAGAGCGGAGCAGACGUCUGAAGCAGCGCUAGUGAGGCGCGAGGGUGGCGCCCGCGCCCGGGAAGACACCCUCGGCGCGAACCGGCGGCCCAGCCCCGGGUCCGGGUUCCCGAGGCCCCGCCUCUAGGGCCUGGGGACUAAUCGGAUUGAAAGCGCGCCGGCCCGGGCCGCGAACUCGCCAAUUGCGGAGGGCGGUGGCCACCGCCCAAUCCGGAGCAGACAGGUGCGAGGUCCGGAAGGCGGAGGCCAAUCGGCGGCGGUUGCGACCUGCUGGGGCAGGUCUCGGCCAAUAAGGAGGCUCGAGUGACAUCUUCGCCCACCAAUCGGGAGUGAGGGAGCAUUCGUGCCCGCUCGCCCUUCCGGCCAGACCUCUAUUUACCAGGGGCGUGCAGCCCGCUUGCCAAUCAGAGCGCGGCUGAGCGGCCCGGCAGCCAACCCCCGAGGAGCGGCCGGCUGGCGUCCGCCGCGCCCAGGAGUUGGGGAUGUCCUACAAACCCAUCGCCCCUGCCCCCAGCAGCACCCCUGGCUCCAGCACCCCUGGGCCGGGCACCCCGGUCCCUACAGGUGAGGAUCCAGCUCCACCCCUGCUCGCCUGCCGGGCGGUCGAGGUCUCGAAGAGAAGACGGCCUGAGUUCUGCAAUACUGGGCUUGCCGCCUACCCUCGCUGAGCCUCAGUUUGCUGGCCUGUGAAGUGGGCGUGGUCACGAAGCGUCCCGUCGCCGUCGGGCUCAGUGCCAGGAGCCGCCGCUCCUUUUAGACCGCUGUUUAACGACUUUGGACCGCCUUCCAUGGGCUACGUGCAGGCGAUGAAGCCACCCGGCGCCCAGGGCUCCCAGAGCACCUACACGGACCUGCUGUCAGUCAUAGAGGAGAUGGGCAAAGAGAUCCGGCCCACAUAUGCUGGCAGCAAGAGCGCCAUGGAGCGCCUGAAGAGAGGUAUCAUCCAUGCUCGGGCCCUAGUCAGAGAGUGCCUGGCAGAGACAGAGCGGAACGCCCGCACGUAACAGGAAGCGCCCCGGCCUCAGCGUCUGGACCUUUCCCGGCCACUGCAGAGCACCCGCUUCUCCCUGGCCUUCAUCCCGAGUUGCACUAACCAUCCUGGGCUUCCUGUCCUGUGUCCCUUGGUGGGUCCCCUCCAGGAACCAAGGAGCGGCUCUCACUCCAGGUGGCAGCACUAAGGACAUCCCCCCACAACAAGAGUUAGCAGCGAGGUCCCCAUGAGUCCCACCCAUGACCUGCCAACAGUGUUGCCCACCGGAACUUUCUGUGGUCCCCACCGCUCAGCCCUUCCCAGCCCUUCUCCCACUUUGUCCCGAGCCUCCUUCUCCCCCAGCAGGGGCUCAGGCCUGGCACCUCACUGCCUUGUGUCCUGAGCCAUAGUGACUCUUUUAUCUGUGUGUCUUUUGCUAAAUAUGCCCUUUUUAUAUUAAUAAAAGAUGAUUUGGAGUUGUGCUCUCA